AUGCCAGGGAUGUGGGCGGUCGACAGCGGUGUGACACAUCACAUCUGCAACGACAAGGCCAAGUUCACAAGCCUGAAUGAGCGAGAGGAAGGCGAACUAUCGGUGACUGAUGGCAGCAAGGCUGCGAUCAAGGGUGUGGGAACCAUCAUGGAACGGGUGGUUCUGCCCAGUAGCGACGAGCGCGACAUCGAGAACAAGGACGCACAGUUCGUGCCAAGUAUGAGCAAGAAUCUGCUUUCGGUGCCACAGAUCAACAAGGGUGGCAGAUUCCAAUUCGUGUUCGAUGGGUCCAAGAUGCAAGUAACGCGCAAUAAUUACAAGCAAGUCGUGGCGACAGCGAUGGUGGCCACCGGCAUGAUCAAGGAAGCCAAGACACCUCUCAAUUCGACUGGUCCAAGCGUGUGUCGCGGUUGCAAGCUAGGGAAGAUGGACCAAAAACCAUUUUCAACCAAUCGUGACAAGCGUCACUACGGUGUGUUUAAAUUACUACACUUCGACAUAUGCGGGCCAACGGAACAAGUCUCGAUCGGCGGUAGUAGAUACUUGCUGCUUGUGGUCGACGAAGCCAGCGGAUGCUUGAAGAGCUUCUGUCUGCCUUCCAAGUCUGAGAGUGAAGACUGCAUCACGAACCACAUUAUCAAGAUUCAGACGCAGUUCGGCAAGACGGUCGAGUUCGUUCAGCAUGAUGGAGCGCAUGAGUAUGCGACCAACUCGAUCAAAACCUUCUACCAAGAUCAAGGUAUUAAGCGGCAGGUCACGGUUCCGUAUGCACACCAGACCAUCGGGACCGCAGAACGCGCGAUACGGACCAUCGUCACGAUCGGACGCAGCUUAUUGCAUCAUGCGAAGCUGGAGAAGUGUUUCUGGGCUGAAGCGGCAAUGAAGGCGAUCUACAUCAAGAACCGCCUGCCUUCACCCAAGAUCGACCACAAGACUCCGUUCGAGAUCGUGUACAAGUCGAAACCAAGUGUCAAGCACAUGCGCGUGUUUGGAUGUCGGGCGUUUAUCCUGACACCAAAGGAGAAGCGACUGGAGUGGGACCCAAGGGAUUGUGUGGGUGUAUUCAUAGGCUACGAAGAAGUUUCAAAGGCUUACCGAGUGUGCGAAAUUGAAGCGGGACAGGUUAUGAUCAGUCGUAAUUAA